GUACAUGAAUCAAAAAGCAAACAAAAUUACUAGAAAUGAGUGAAACUUGUGCAAAAUGUGGAGCACCCUCUGAAUUGAAAUGUUCAGCUUGCAAAUUGGUAUCGUACUGUAAUAAAGAACACCAGAAGGAGGACUGGAAGAAUCACAAAACAAACUGCAGACCUUUCAAGAUAGCGGAUGAUCCUGUCAUCGGAAAAUGUUUGAUAGCCACGAGAGAUAUCAAACCAGGCGAACAGAUACUGUCAGAAUAUCCAUUGGUGAGUGGACCAAGGCCGCAUUUUGUAGAAGAAGGUCCAGUUCCUUGUCCAGGAUGCUGCAGACUCAUCAUUGGCCAGCAAGCGGCACGAUGCAAGGGCUGCGACUUCCCCGUAUGCAAUCCAGACUGCCCGGGGCUGCAAGACCUGAACAGGCACGGGCAGGAAUGCCUGGUCCUGGGCAUACGCGCCACCAGGGCAGUGGACGGCCUCCACGAGUUCUACCGGCAAGAUGCUCUGCUGGCUCUGAGGUGUUUGCUGCUGCAGAGCAGGAAGCCACAAAAGUUCGCAAGACUGAUGGAAAUGGAGGCGCAUCUGGACAAACGGGCAGAGGGGACUGAUAUUUACAGGGAAGUCGAAGACCGAGUCGUUGACUAUCUUCUCUCGAACUUCAUCGCGCCAUUGAAGAUGCUGGAGGCCAAAUCCGGAAUGACGGUGGUGCAGCAAUCGUCCAGGGAGAUCCUCCACAAAAUCUGCGGAAUAAUCGACGUCAAUGGCUUGGAGAUCAGUCAAAACGUGGAGGUGACCGCCUUGUACCCCACCGCCUACCUCCUGGAACACAGCUGUCUCCCGAACACCGUCUACUCCUUCGACUCCGAUUGCAAGAUCACCGUCAGGGCGGCCCUGCCCGUGACCGCCGGCGACCACGUGACCACCAUGUACACGCACUGCCUGUGGGGCACGCAGGCGCGGCGCGAGCACUUGAGAGAGACCAAGUACUUCGCGUGUCGAUGCCGGCGGUGCUGCGAUCCGACCGAGUUGGGGUCGUUCUUGAGCGCGCUGAGGUGCAUCGGGGUGGAGCAGGAACCUUGCACAGGCACACAACUACCAGUCGAUCCUCUCGACGAGGAUACAGAAUGGGCCUGCGACAAAUGCGACGUAAAACUCCCUAACGCGGAGGUGGUCUCUCUGGUAAACGGCAUCGGCGAAGAAGUCGACAACCUCCAGUACUCCAACCCCACCGUAAAAGAGCUGGAGUCGCUGCUCAGCAGGAUGCUGACGUUCCUGCACCCCAACCACUAUCACGCGUACACCGUGAAGCACUCGCUGGUGCAGCUGUACGGCCACCAGCAAGGCUACACCUCGAACCAAUUGACCGACGAUUGCCUGGCGAGGAAGGCGGCCAUGUGCAAGGAGUUGUUGGACGUAAACUCGAAAAUCGAUCCGGGGAAUUCGAGGUUACCGGUCUACACUGGAAUUCUGUUCCACGAAUUAUUCCUGGCCAACUGGACGGUAAUCAAGAGGAAGUGGGACAUGGGCAUCAAAACGAAAGUGAAGUCCGUGCUCGCCCUGAUGGUGGAAAGCAAACACUCGCUGGAGCAGGCCAUCGACAUUUUGAAGAGGGAAAAGGAUACCCCGCCCGGAGAAAAACUAUUGAAACAUGUUAGAACAUCGUUUGAGGAAUUCCAGAGAUUUGUGGAAAGGAAUAAAAUAGAGCUGGCUCCUCAGAAAGUAUAGGUGAAGGUGUUGAAAAAUGGAAUGUAUCGAAUAAACUUUCAUCUAUAUGAACUUUUGUAUUAUUAUUUCAAUGGUUUUCUUUUCUCAUUUUC